AAGAGUUGAAUAAAAUUUUGUGUAAUCUCCUUGUGGCCAAAAAAAAAUGAGAAUGAUACAGACAUCCAGUCAAACAAUAUACAAUUAUACAUACACUUUGGUUGUACAAUAAAGAAGAGUUUGAAUAAAUUCCCCAAAUUCAAGAAGACUAAAAUGAUGAAAAUGGUUUCUUUUUAAGAAAUAUUGGACGGAGCACCAAAAAGUAGGAGAGAAUCUGAAAUGGUGGUUAUUUUGGAUAUAGCGUGGCUUAUGGUGCAACUUUCUUGAUUCUUCAGCUCAUUCUUUCAGGUGGGUCACUCUCAUUUGCCCUCUUUGCAGCUUUUCUUGACUGUUGGUACAAUCUUUUAUGUAUAAAGUUUGCUUCUUGAAUGGAACUGGUAGUCCAGUUGUUUAAGUGUGCUGAUUAGGUGAGAAUUGUCAAUUUCACUUUUAUGAUUAUUCUGUUGUGUUGAACAACUAUGGGUUGUAUAAAGGGGUUUGUUGUAAGUUUGAAUCUGUAUAUAUUAUGAUGUGAUUCUUUGCUUGUGGAGGGCUGUCAUACAAUAGAUAUAUUGGGUGUGGUUCUUUUUUAUGAGAAUUGAUGGAUAAGUUUGAGAUGAAUAACGGGGAUGAGGAGUUAAGGGACUAUAGUUCAUCUGAAAUGCCCUUAAGUUUGCGAUUUAGCCGAGGUGGAUCAAAGGAAUCGAUUGACGCUGAUAAUAAAAUUGCAAUUUGUAGAGAAGGUUUAUUGGAAUCUUCAUCAUGUUCUGCUGCAUCUAAUGUAGACUCAUUGUGCCCUAUUGUUUCAGACCAGCUCAUCACUUCACAAAAAUUUGGUUUUUGUGGUAUUGAUGUGCUAAGCAAUAUGGGUUCUUUUAAUGCUAGUGGGAUGGGAGGGACAGUUGAUAUGGAUUGGACUCCACCAAUUCCUGUCUUGGGAGGGAAUAUUAGUCUAGGAUCAUCUUCAAGUAUGCUUACGCUUCCCGGGAGCUCAUCUCAUAUUCCUACGGACUUGGGUUUCAUUGAGCGAGGAGCGAUGUUUCCAUGCUUUAGUGGAGGAAAUUUUGGCGAAAUGUUGAACUCUGUUACAAUUCCAGGGUUCAUGAGUCAGUACACUAGGGAAGUGGCACCAAUGCAUGGGCUCCGAGUUAUUAAUUCAGAUGUUAGGUUGAAUUCAAUUUCCAAUUUAGAGGUUCAGGAAAAUGAGAGUAAUGUACUUGAAGGUGCAAAGGAAGUUUUAAUUUCUUUUGAGCAUGGACCUGGUGGAAAGGAUCCAGACAGUGGGAAGAAAACUGAGAGUUUUGUAAGGCCUCACGAUGAAGCAAAUGAAGGACCAUGUGAGUCUGGCAGUGAAUCAGUUGAUGCUGAAUAUAGCACUGGUGCCAAUCAAGCAGAGCCUUCCCAACUGGACGGUACAGGCCAAGGUUUUCUUGCUAAGGGACAUGGCUCGAAGAAAAGGAGGAAGAUUGCUCAGGAUACCGAGCUUGAUGAAGUCAAAAGAGCUGCAGUUCCAGUUGAAAGUACAAAAAACAAUUUUGAAGUUCGAAAGAAGGGAGAUCAAAAUCCAGCUUCAGCUGCCACUAAACCUAGUGGAAAACAUGGGAAACUGGUACCUCAACCUUCAGAGUCACUAAAACAGGAAUACGUACAUGUUAGAGCAAGAAGAGGGCAGGCAACAAACAGCCACAGUCUUGCAGAGAGAGUGAGAAGGGAGAAGAUCAGUGAAAGGAUGAAGUAUUUACAGGACCUAGUACCAGGCUGCAGCAAGGUUACAGGCAAAGCAGUCAUGCUUGAUGAAAUCAUUAACUAUGUUCAAUCACUACAACAACAAGUUGAGUUUCUAUCGAUGAAGCUUGCAUCAGUUAAUACCCAGCUGGAUAUUGACAUUGAAAGGACGGCCGGAAAAGAUAUUCUUCAAACAGCUGGACCCUCCUCUGGGCUUGGUUUUUAUACUGACAUGUCUAUGCAUGUAUCUCAACCUGGAACCAUCCAAGCGGGUCUUCUUGGCAUGGGAACCUUUCCAAAUGCACUUAAUAGAACUAUUAGUUCCCACAUGGCCAUUAGUGGUGGGAACACGGAUUCCACUUCUCAGGUACCGGAUGUCUGGUAGGAUGAACUCAACAUUAUUCAGACCCUCUCAAUCCCAAUCCAUGACUUAUAUCGAAACCCCUUGUUGGUUUCUCAUAUUACUAAUCACUCAUCCCUGAGUGAAUUGCUAGUCUCGCCGAGAGCAGGAAAUUUAAAUGUUCUAAAUCAGUUCCUUUUCAAAAUAUGAACUGAUCUCUUAUGUAGAUAGGCAAUGACAUAGAAAUGACUGUUAGAUGUUGACGUUGACAGUGUCAUGGCCAGAAUGGUUUAUUUAGCAGGUUUUCACAGGAUAAGAGUGAUUUCAGUGACACUUAGUUUUGUUUCGGAAUAAACGUAAUAAUUGUAUAUGCUGUAGAGCUGGAGGAACUGUGUAGCAGAAUCACAAUGGCGAGGAUUCGUUAUAAUUAUUAAUGCAGUAUAUUAUGUUUCUUUUUUCUA